AUGGUGAUAGGAGCUGCCUCGAUAAUUGUUAUAGGUUAUCUAACAGUACGUGGUGGUCACUUUUAUAUGGAGCAUUUUCAAUGUGCUACUCCUUCAAUGUUACCCUCGAAAGCGCGUGAUUCUCUUCAUUGGGCUUAUCUACGGGAAGAAAUAGAUCCCGAUCUAAAUAUGGCCCAAACACAUCUAAACCAAGCUCUAAUGAUCGCCCAAGAGGAAGCGAACUUACCGUUGACACAUCCGAUAAUAGUGGAUAUCGUGCUUCGAAUAGCGAAUAACUCUGUGAGGCUGGGAAAUUUGUACGAAGCGAGAUUAGAGUAUCAAAAACUUUUACAAGCGUUGGUGGUGGCUGGAGGGGAUGAGAAUCUUAAAAAAGCGAUUGAUGUCGUGAAAAGAAUGUCUAAAAUAUGUCUAACGAUGCAAGAUUAUAAAAGCGCCGAGAAAUAUUUAGAAUGGGCAAUUGGAAUCUUGACCGCCGGACAAUCGUCGAUCGUUAAUAAUAUCAACUUGGAUUUGGUUCAAUGCAAUUUGAUGCUAGCUGGAAUAUAUGCUAAGCGAAAACAAUUCGAUAAAGCACUUUCAUUAUAUUUGGGCACAUUGAAAAAGAUAAAACAACUACUACAAUCAUCCCCAUCAUCGGAAAUUAAAGACAGAGAUUCCAAUAAAGUUCACGAGAUAAAUUGGAAUUGUUGGGAGGGAAUCAUAAUGGGUCAUUUAGGCGAGAUUUUUUAUGCGAUGGGAAAAGAAGAUGAAGCUCUCGGUUGGCUACAAGAAGGAUUGAAAAUAGCUAAAAGUGGUGGUGAUGAUAAAGUUGGUGAAAGAAGAGACUGCGACGAAUGUGUCGGUGUAAUUUCAAAUAAUCUUGGAUUGAUAUAUGAAAAAGAUGGGAAGAUAUGGAACGCGGGAGCAUUUUAUACACAAGCUGUUUCUUUUGCUGAAAAGGCUAAUGAUUUAGAAGGGUUAGAAGAGGCUUCGCGUAAUUUGGAGAGAAUAGAAAAAAAACUUGAAAAAAUUAACAAUGAAUGA